AUGCGAGCUUGGGGACAGAAAUUGGCCAACGUUGAUUCCAUGAGGAUCGCUUCAUGUCUGGCCAAGGCUUAUGUCACGUUUGUUCGUUUAAAUGUAUUCGAGAACAUUGAGGAGAGAACCAUUAGAUACUUCAUUACCAUUCUGCCUGGCAAGAACGCUGAUUUCAUAUGGAAGCGCCGUUAUGUUGCCUUUUACAUCUGGAACCUCAAGGUAGACCCUGGCUCAGUUUGGCCACCUACCAUCUCCAAAAAUGCUGCAACAUCCAUACGGAUGAUGGGCGCCUUGAUCUAUGUUAACCUUUAG